CCAACACGGUGCCCGCGGGCACCAGGUCGCCCGCAAGGACCACAUGAGUCGCCCGCGGGCCUGUUCUAAAAAUAGCUCACCAUAACAACUUACCACUGGGGGCAACUACAAUUGUUAGAAGAGUGUCGGCUAUGUCCGGGAACUUGGCCAAUCAGUUGGAUCAGGAUCUGGCAAAGUGCAGUUGGUUUAGCAUCCAGUGUGACGAGUCCGUCGACAGCAGCAGUACAGCACAGCUGAUGGUCUUUAUCCGGAUGGUAUUUGAUGGUUUCUCCACAAAAGAAGAACUUCUGACACUACUGCCGCUAAAGACAACAACGAAGGGAGUUGACAUCUAUAACGCGGUGAAGGAGUUUUUCGCGAAGAAAAAGGUACCGUUGGAAAAGCUGGUAUCAGUGACUACCGACGGGGCUCCUGCUAUGAUCGGCCGACAUACGGGAUUCAUCGCUCACUGUAAAGGUGACACAGAGUUCCCAAACUUCAUGCAUUACCACUGCAUCAUUCACCAGCAGGCGUUAUGCGCAAAGGUGAUCGGCUUCGAGCACGUCAUGACUCCCGUCGUGAAGAUCAUAAACAGCAUCCGCUCCAGAGCUAAACAGCACAGAACAUUCAAGGUGCUAUUGGAGGAGCUGUCAGCUGAAUAUGGUGACCUGCUACUACAUACGGAAAUCCAAUGGCUCAGCAGGGGACGGAUUUUGCUUCGUUUUUUGUCACUUUUGGGUGAAAUCCAGGAGUUCAUGCAAUCCAAAGGGGAAGACACAUCUCUGCUGGAGGACACUGAGUGGACACUUGACCUUGCGUUUUUAACAGACAUUACUGGGAAACUGAACCAUUUGAACUGUGAGCUGCAAGGCAAAGAUGGUGCUGAAAGACAAUGCUUCAGCAUCUAA